AUGUCCAGAAUUCAAUUAAUAGUCGAUUCAGAAUAUUUUCUUCGAGAAUCUCCACAUCCCCAUUUAUUUGUUCAAUUAUUAAGUUAUUUAUCAAAAGAACACGAAUUAGGGGUACUUUUGGUUGGUCUAGAUGCUCUACAUUCUUUUUUGGAAUUAUUUUCUGCUAGCGAAGUUUUUGGUUCUUUAAUUGUCCAUUUAUUACCUGUAAUUUUACAACUGGAUAAACAAUUGGUUAUUGCUGCUAAUGAAGGGAACGACCCGGAAGUGGCUGCCCUUUGGCUGUUAAAUCCUCUUAGGUUGGCAAAGCUGUAUCAAUUGAGGUGUUCAGCUAAUUUGGGGACCUGUGCUGAACAUAAACAGGUAAUUUUAAAGAAUUGUAGGGGCAUUAUAAAAUUGGGCUGUAUAUGA